UUUUUUUUGCAGAUGCCGUUCCAAGUGACCUCGCGCCAACUCCAAGUACAGGGUCAAAUUCCGGAGCUUCAGCUGCGGUUACAGGUUCUGUAGCCACAAAUGGCGGAACAGCUCAACCCAACCCAACUGGUCCACAAGGUACAAAAGAUCCAUCACUGACUGGUGUGAGUACAGAGGUUCUUCCAUCAACCACAGCAAGAACACCCGGAUCAUUUCCAGCCGGACAAAUCUUCACUCUUCCUCUUGAGUUCCGAGUUCUGAAUUUGAACAUAAGCGAUAACAUGACAAGCAUUAAUGCAUAUGUUGAAGAACAGCUCGCUCAAGUAUUUAAAUCCAAUCCUAACUUCAUAUCGGCAAAGAUUGACAUCAGGGAUGGGUCGGUGUACAUCACUGACAUCCUGUUCUCACCAGACGCUCCGUCCAACCAGAUGCUUGUGGAUCUUUUUUAUGACUACUUGAAGGAUCACGACAUGUAUCUGGGCACCUUAAAGAUAGACCCAAAUAGUAUUCGGUCUGGAGAUGCCGUUCCAAGUGACCUCGCGCCAACUCCAAGUACAGGGACGAAUUCCGGAGCUUCAGCUGCAGUUACAGGUUCUGUAGCCACAAAUGGCGGAACAGCUCAACCCAACCCAACUGGUCCACAAGGUACAAAAGAUCCAUCACUGACUGGUGUGAGUAUAGAGGUUCUUCCAUCAACCACAGCAAGAACACCCGGAUCAUUUCCAGCCGGACAAAUCUUCACUCUUCCUCUUGAGUUCCGAGUUCUGAAUUUGAACAUAAGCGAUAACAUGACAAGCAUUAAUGCAUAUGUUGAAGAACAGCUCGCUCAAGUUUUUAAAUCCAAUCCCAACUUCAUAUCGGCAAAGAUUGACAUCAGGGAUGGGUCGGUGUACAUCACUGACAUCCUGUUCUCACCAGACGCUCCGUCCAACCAGAUGCUUGUGGAUCUUUUUUAUGACUACUUGAAGGAUCACGACAUGUAUCUGGGCACCUUAAAGAUAGACCCAAAUAGUAUUCGGUCUGGAGAUGCCGUUCCAAGUGACCUCGCGCCAACUCCAAGUCCUGGGUCGAAUUCCGGAGCUUCAUCUGCGGUUACAGGUUCUGUAGCCACAAAUGGUGGAACAGCUCAACCCAACCCAACUGGUCCACAAGGUACAAAAGAUCCAUCACUGACUGGUGUGAGUAUAGAGGUUCUUCCAUCAACCACAGCAAGAACACCCGGAUCAUUUCCAGCCGGACAAAUCUUCACUCUUCCUCUUGAGUUCCGAGUUCUGAAUUUGAACAUAAGCGAUAACAUGACAAGCAUCAAUGCAUAUGUUGAAGAACAGCUCGCUCAAGUUUUUAAAUCCAAUCCCAACUUCAGAUCGGCAAAGAUUGACAUCAGGGAUGGGUCGGUGUACAUCACUGAUAUCCUGUUCUCACCAGACGCUCCGUCCAACCAGAUGCUUGUGGAUCUUUUUUAUGACUACUUGAAGGAUCACGACAUGUAUCUGGGCACCUUAAAGAUAGACCCAAAUAGUAUUCGGUCUGGAGAUGCCGUUCCAAGUGACCUCGCGCCAACUCCAAGCCCUGGGUCGAAUUCAGGAGCUUCAGCUGUGGUUACAGGUUCCGUAGCCACUUCCAAAUCUGGAGGCGCACCUGGAAUAAGCGGUUCCCAAAAUCCCGGUAUGGUUACAGGAGCUCCAAGUGGUGGUUCCACCAAUGGUCCAAAUGGGAACCCAAAUAGUUCACCUGGUGCAGUGGGUCCUUCUGCGCCCGGAGUGACCACCCCAUCAUCUUCUAAUGCUGUGAGCCCAGGUUCAGAAAUGAUUUCUAGGUCUGAAAUGACAACUGUAUCCAGAUCAGGAAAUACUCAGGAACCUGGAAUGACCGGAGCGACUGUAGAUAGUGUAACUAGACCAAGUGGAUAUCCAGGACCUGGAGAGAUCACUGAAUCUUCUAAUGGAGUUUCCUCAACGGAUUCAAAUAUAAGCGUAAACGUUCCGUCAAAUGGGGUUUCAACUGGAUUUUCCAAUGGGGCCUUCACGAAUCCAAGUGUAAGCUUAGAAACCCCAUCUGGAGCGAGUGGUCGUCCAGGAUCAGGAAAGACUACGGGAUCUCCAGGAUCUGAAGAGAUGACAGGAUCUUCAAAUGGCGCGCUUACAAGUGCAAGUGAAAUUUUAUCAGGGUCUGGAAAGACAACAGUAAUGUCUUCAAAUGUUAACUCAACUAGUGGAAGCUUAAAUACCCCAUAUGGAAUAACUGGCCAUCCUGGACUGGGAGAGACCACAGGGUCAUCUUCGAAUGGUGUCUCUUCCACCGGUGAAGGUAUAAGCUUUAAAACGUCUAGUCCUGUAGGACCCGGCCAGACCACAAGAUCCUCUUCAAAUGGGGUUUUCUUGACUAGUCCUGGUGAAGGUAAUUCUCUUCAACCUGGAGAAAUCACAGACUCUUCCAUUGGUCCUGACUCAAACGUAAGCCCAUCUGGAUCGAAUGGUCUUGAAGGAUCUAGAAUGACUACCAAAGCCUUUACAUACAACCCUUCUAUACCUAAUGUGAACGGCACAUUGACUACCAGCUAUAUAGGCACUGGGACAAGAGAAAUAAUCCCAACCACGGCAAAGACCAAACUCACAUCCCUGUCUCCCAAUACAUUGUUGGUAGUAUCUGGUAGUUCUGUCACUAAUUCUGAAUCAAACACCGAUGCCGGUGGAGGACAAACUCAGCUUGGAAGCACUUUAUCUCCAGUAGAUAAUUCUAAUGUUCCUGCUACAACAGCGGCAGGCGGAGGAAAUUUAUCAGCAAAGACAACCAAAUCCACGACCAAAUCCACGACCAAAUCCACAACCAAAUCCACAACCACAUCAACAACCACAACUGCAGGCGCAGGUGCAGGAGCAGGCCUAAGUGCACAAGAAGCAGCAGCAGCAGAGAGUUCGGAGGGUGUGUUCCCGGUGUAUGGUCGGGCGAUACUUGGAGUAUUAGCGGCAGCGUUUGUCAUUGGUCCUAUAAUCGCCUGUUUGGCGUCAUACACGAACCUCUAUGGUCCUUACUGAUAGUCCUGCAGAACCCGAGGGGACUGAUUCUUCUAGUCUUUUCCCAAUUAAGUCACAUGUUUCAAAACCCAUUCCAAGAUCUUAAACAAGAAUCUGGAUUAAUCAGCAACAUCCGAAUCCAACAUCAGGGAAAUGACUGGAUAUUCAGGAACAACAACAAGGACUCCAUGGGAAUAUUAUCACGGGGUAUUUAAAGAGACACUCCGAUGACCACCUCAUUGUACGCUGAUGACCCCCAUAGGAGACCAGAGACAAUAGAGUCUAAAACUGUAAAAUGAAGAUGUAUAAAUGAAUUAUUUAUUUUUGCUAUGUCCCAUGAUGCAUCAUUUCCAACUGAAAUGUUUUUUGUUUUUUUUUAUUAUACAUGGAUCUAACUACUAUGGGCGGAGCCUAUUGUCACAUGACUGUUUGCACCAACUGACUGACAUUUG